AUGACCGAAGAGGACGAAAUUGAUAUACUGGGAGAUUUCCAAUUGGAUUCCGACUCGAAUUUGUACGACGGGACGGCUUUGAUAUCGCAAAACUCGGAAUUGUUGAAUUGCGACUACACGAUACACCCGCAGUGGCUGCUGGACCGGCCCAGCACCAACCCGGACAAUUGGUACGAAACCGACGAUUUCCAGAAUUUGGGCGAGAAAGUCUCCCCGGAUACCGAUAGUACCGAUACUGGCGCUUGCCAUUUAUCCACGGAGAACAGCAUAACGGACGAAAGCGGCUGGACGGAGAAAGAAAAGAACCUGCUGGAACGGGGCAUAGAGAUAUUCGGAAAAAGCAACGUGAGAUUGUCCCAAUUCAUCGGCUCGAAAUCCGCCCCGGAGGUCAAAUAUUACCUGAAGAAUUUCUACUUGGAGAAUCACGCCAACCGAAAAAGCAGCGAGUGCGCUUUGGAAGGAGACGUUUUAGACGACGCUCAGAUACCGGCUAGUAUCGAGGAAGUUAUAGCAGCCGUUAGCACCGGUAAGCCCACGCUACAUUUAACGAAUCAACGAUCGAGGAAGAAGAGCCAUUCGACCGGCGAUCCCAACGAUAAGGAGCUAAUCGAUAGAACACCGGCGACUCCGAAGAAGAAAAAAACUUACUCGGAGAGUACAUCGAGGAGAAAUACUCCAGGCGUUAAAUUCAGGAUUAAAUCGAAGUUGAAAGAACCGUUUCAGCGUAGGAUAAUCAAGCAGAAAACCGUGAAAAUCGUUAAUACAGAGAGCAAUAUCAACGAAAUAAAGAGAGUCGAAAUCACUACUGGACGUGGACUGGCCGUGCCAAUUUGCGAAGGCGAAGAAAUCGUGAAAAUAAAGAAUGUAACCGAAGAUUCGGAUACAGACGUAGAUAUAGACGUGGAAACAUCGGAUAACGAAGCACCGAUUCCCAUUAAAACCAACAAUGAUACAAUUAGUUCGAUUAAAGAACAAAAACCGAUCGAAUCCUGCGAUGAUGCUCCCACAGACAACCUCUUAGAUCUAUCCAAAAUGGACGAGGCCCUACUGAAAGAAUUAGAAAGCCUGGAAGCGCCCGAAUGCGAGUUGAAAUUGGACAUUUGCAAACCCAGCGAGUUAGAGAAAGUGCUGAAUUACGAAUACUUCACGAACGCGUGCAGGAAAACGCCCGAACGUUACAUGAAAAUUCGCAAUCACAUCCUGCAAGGGUGGCAUUCGCAGAAACCCAAAUACCUGCACAAGACCAUCAGCAGGCAGGGCUUGAAGAAUUGCGGCGACGUGAAUUGCUUCGGGAAGAUACAUUACUUUUUGGAGCAAAUGGGAGCCGUUAAUUUCGGUUGCGAGCAAGUCAAUUACGAACGACCUCUUCUGGAUGCUUUGAAAGAAAAAUUGAUCGUCAAAGAGAAACGCAAAGGUAGAGUUAAAGAGUUUGUAUCGGAUAAGUGGAAUGCAUCGACGGCCAGAGCUAGACCUUCGAAGAAAUUUAACAACGACGGUGAAGGCGGGUACACAAUGUCGCACGAUGAAAACGGCCUCGUCAUCAAGCACACCAUCAUCAACGAAAAUCCCGUCGUCAAGCAAAAGCAAUACCUGAAAAAACCCACCAUCAGAUUGAUCUAUUGCAGACCGUUCAAGGACGACAUGCUGCAACCGUACAAGAUCAAAAUCGACCUGACGACGUUGCUGACGAUGGAUUUCCACGCGCAUUCCUGCAUGACCGAAGUGAUGGGGCUGAUCAGCGGCCGCUGGCGGCCCGACGACAACGUCCUGAUCAUAUCCCACUACGAGCCCUGCCUGAACAUCGCCUCGUCGGCCACGCACUGCGACAUGUGCCCCAUAUCGCAGGCGAUCGCGGCCGAUUCCAUACACGCCAGGAAACUAGACAUAUUAGGGUGGUUCCAUUCGCAUCCUACGUUCGCCCCGGAACCGUCGAACCAGGACUUGGAGACGCAGCAAUCGGUGCAAAAGUGGAUAGGCCAACGAAGGCCCUGCGUCGGGAUGAUCCUGUCGCCGUUCAGCCUCAACGGCGCCCUCAUCGCCUCGCCCUACCGUUGUCUGGUCGUCGAGAGGGGCGGCGCCGCGACGCCGGAGGGCGUCGAUAUCGUGCCGUACAAGUUCAAAGUCGACGUCGACGACGCCGGUUUCGACGUCGGCGCGUUGCUGGAGAAUUUGAGGCGCGUGCAACGGUGCGAUUUCGGCACGGGCGAACGCCACAGGGUCGAUUUCCGCAGGCCCUACUUGUACGAUGCGAACAUCACCUACCUCGAAAAGUAUAUUACCAGCGUUCGUAUGCAUUUGGCGAAAUUGGGAACGUUGAGCAAACAGACGUGCGAAAGUAUUAUCAAAGGAAUCUCAUCGGUUUGUCGUUCGGCGAAAAAGGAAGCCUCAUAA